AUGACUGUGAAGCGCUUAACAUGGUGCCUGGUACAUAGAAAGCCCUACCAAAUGGCCUGCCAGAUGGUGGCUAUUACAAGGAUGAUGUCUAUGGCCAUCAGUGUUCAUGGCCACCCAGCUGGCCUGCCUCUGUUCCCAUCAGGAUCACCACCGUCACUACCUUCUGCCCCACCUCCACCGUCACCCGGGAUUUCUAUCCAAUUUUAUGGCUGCAUUUCCCAGCAGCAGGACAUGAUGCAAGAUGUGAGGACAGCCACGUACCACAGAGCCAUCCUCCAGAACCACAUUGAUUUCAGAGACAAGGUCGUGCUAGAUGUUGGUUGUGGAUCAGGAAUACUGUCGUUUUUUGCUGUACAGGCUGGAGCUAGGAGAGUUUAUGGAGUUGAAGGCAGUUCAGUAGCACAAUAUGCUGAGGUGCUAGUGAAAAAUAACCACCUUUCAGACAAGAUCAUUGUUUUGCCAGGAAAAACUGAAGAAAUCUCACUUCCUGAGGCUGUAGACAUUUCCGAACCAAUGGGAUACAUGCUGUUCAAUGAAAGGAUGCUGGAGAGUUACUUUCAUUCCAAAAAAUGGCUAAAAUCAAAUGGAAUGAUGUUCCCGACAUUCAGUGACAUCCACUUGGCCCCCUUUUCUGAUGAACAGCUCUACAUGGAACACUUCUCCAGAGCCAACUUUUGGUACCAGCAGUGCUUCCAUGGGGGCAACCUCCAGGGUCUCCAGGGUGCAGCAGUGGACAAAUACUUCAGACAGCCAAUAGUAGACACAUUUGACAUUAGGAUUUUGAUGGCUCAGACUGUCAAAUACACAGUAAACUUCAUGGAUGCAGAAGAGGAAGAUCUACACAGAGUAGAAAUCCCCUUUGUGUUUCAGAUGGCGCAGUCUGGCCUCAUCCACGGCGUGGCAUUCUGGUUUGACGUGGCCUUUGUUGGAUCUCGGGUAACAGUUUGGCUGUCAACAGCCCCAACCGAGCCUCUGACUCAUUGGCAUCAGGUGCGGUGCCUCCUGCAGACUCCUCUUUUUGCCAAGGAAGGGGAGACUCUCUCAGGGAAAGUCCUGUUUAUAGCCAAUAAGAGACAGAGCUAUGACAUUCAGAUCGUGGUGCUGGUGAACCAAACAGGCUUCAGAUCUGAGAGCAUCCUCGACUUAAAGAAUCCAUUCUUUAGGUAA